UGAGAGCACAUAAGCUCGAGAAGUCGCUUUGGAAAAGCGCGGCUGCGAUUGAAAAGGGCGUGGGGCACAGUCGAGUUCACAUCUUUGGCUUUGAUGCAGCAAAGGUCCUUCGCAAGGGAAAGCGGGUAUUCAACGAUUUAGCCAGCCAAAUGCUUGAAGAUGUCAAGAGCAUUCCAGGUUGCAGUCAUAGCACACAGCUCUGCAGCCUGGAUUGUGCGUGAAGCCCUCGUGCAGUCGCAGUACGAUAGAGAUCUAAAAAAGGUUCCGGUGGGGCUCGUAGAUUUCGGCUUACCCAAGGAUCCCUCGGAAGGCUACUGGGAGUCCAAAGAUCAUUGGAACGACUUUCGCGACCGCCUGUUGAAGCAUCUGAUGAAAGGACGACCAAAGAUAAAAUUGCAGCAAGAAUAUCCAGUGCUUGACUUCUCCACUAUAGACUCUACAGCUCAGGAGUUCGCAGGGUUCAGGCAUAGCCUAGGCUCUCCAGAUGAGAUUCUACCAAUACUGCCCGUCUGCUGUCCUGAAAGAAAGGGCGUUCAUCGCAGAACCACGGGAGGUUCACAAUGGAGCGAUUCCAGCGGCUCCAGUACAGGGUCGGACGACAGCUCUUGUACCAUGUUUGUAAGCAUGUCUCCAGAAGAGGAAGAGGAGAUCAUAGGGUUUCUUAAAAAGGUCUCGAAGAGCGACCCAGUGCAGAUUCCUACAUUGAUGAAGCGUGCCAUGUCUCCGCGGACCUCCGGUUCGGAGAACGUUCCAGAGCGCCGUCUGUCCACCCGCAGCCCUUCUAGGGGGCGACACAGUGCGUCCUACGACACUCGAAGCAUGCGAUCGUACGCAGGUGGGCCAUUCGCUCCCACCUAUGAACAGGGGCUCGUACCAGAGCAGUUCUCUGAUGGAGCCGAAACCCCCCGGCUCCCCUUCAUCGAAUCAUCUAGACGGACAGAAUCGCCGCAGCCUUUGACUUCAGCCAUCCAGAAACCGGGGCCUCCGAAACCCCUAAGGAGUGUUGGGUUUAAGGAGUCGGAUGAACAAAGAACGGGGUACACAAACCAGCUCGGACUGCAGAAAUAUACUGUACCGAUCCCUGUUUCAAUCUCUAGGGAAGAUCUCAAGGACAGCAAAGACUUCGCGUCAUGGUGCUUCCAACAUGGAGAUCUGGACGAGGCUAACCGCCUUUAUCGCGUACUUAUUGCCUGGUGCGAACAAAAUGACCAAAUCGACCGCGGCUACUACAAGAUGCAACUUCAAAUCGGACAGAUCUCCUUCAUUCACGGAGACUACAGAUCCUCCGAAAGUAGGCUCAAAGGCUUACUAGACGAACAAUACAGAGGUCCUCUGGUUGACCCAGGAGAAGCCAGUUUGGCCUCUGAAAUCGCACGGUGGCUCGCUUUGUCGCAGUGGAGACAGGGCAAAUACACCGACGCUCAAAGCACACUCGACGGCUGCAGGCACAAACUACCGACCACCAAGAGCAGAAAUAGUCCGAAUCUGUUGAGCACUCUCGCCCUGGUCCUUGCUUCUGCGGGCUCUUUUAAACGCGCUUGGAAGCUCAGCAUCAAAGCCAUCGAUCCAAAAUCUUUCGAAGCCUAUAAUCCGGACGCAUACAGGAGAAAAGACAUGUCGUCCGGUCAUCGAAGCACCUGCCUUCUCAACCAUGCUCGAAUAUCAUACGUGGUCGGAAAACUACAAGAUGCGGACGAAGCAAACCUAGAAGCGCUGGAAGACAUGAAGAGGCGCUACGGACCGCAACAUUUCGUCACUCUUGAUGCUUCUAGUUUCCAGGCUUGGUUAUUAGUAGCUAGGAGCAAGACAUCUCAAGCCACUGAGGCAGUUCAUCGUACCCUGCGAGAAAUGAUGUUGCGUUUAGGCGAGAGCCACCCUUCGACUUUGCAAACCCUUGAGACUCUGGUACUCGUUUACAAAAGCGAAGGUCGAUAUUCGGAUGCUGAAGAAACCGCUACCUACUUGCUGCGCAAGAAUAAGGAAGUGCUCGGGCACAGCCAUCCGCAAACGCUCAAAUGUAUGACCAUUCUUGCAGAGGUCUUUCUGGCCUGCGGCAAGUCGACAGAAGCAGAGAGAAUACAGAGAGAAGUUGUGGAGCUCGAAGAAGUCAAACCCAAGGCCGAGAUUAAUUAUCCGGGCCUCUUCACCUACAAAACGACCCUUGCCAACAUUCUCCGCGAGAUAGGCGAAUGGGACGAAGCGCGAACAUUGAGCCUCCUUGUUCUCGUAGAGCAACUAAAUAAAUUCGGAAACGAGGAUGACAGUGAUGAAGCGUAUCAAACUGAAAGCGGCGAUGCGGAGCCGCUUCCGAAGACGCUUCCGGAAACGCUUCCGGAGACCGAAUACAUCCCUCUUGCCAGGCUUCAAAAUCUCCUCGAGAAAUCUAAACCGAUCCUGGAAGAGAUACACAAUCUCCCUUCUCAUCUCCAAAGCCCGCUUGCAAACUCGCAGCCGGUCAAAAUCUAUCCGUCAAUCAUCCAGACCAUGCAUUGCCUUGCUCUCUGCGAACAGGUUCGGGAUGACGCCGACCUUGCAUUCGCCCGUGGUAUUCUCAAAAUGGUUCGCGAUAUACGUGUUACCAGGCUAGGAGAGGACCAUCGUGCUACAGUCAACGUUCAAUAUGACCUUGCCGUCAAUUACCGACUUCGUGGCAAGUUCCGCAAGUCGCUCAAGACCAUCGAGGACGUCGUGAAAAGGCGACGAGACACCCUUGGCGCAGACCAUCCGGAUUACCAGUGCGCGAAGCACCAGCAAGCCGUCGCCUUGUUUCGUCUCGGCCGAUGGAAGGAAGCUCUAGAAGAACAACGGCGGACUUUGAAGGCUCAGGAAUUCUUGCUCGGAAAGAAACACCCGGACGCGGUACUGUCGCGCUUCACUCUCGCUGGCAUUUAUCACUCUCUCAGCCGCCUCAAGGAAGCCGAUCAGUUACUGGACGAAGUGAUCAGCGCGCAAAAAGCAAGAUAUGGUGAAGACCAUCCCAUCGUGAUCCGAAGUCGUGCGCGACACGCAUUGAUUUGCCUCGAUAGGGAAGAUUUUCAUCACGCAGAGGAGGAGCAAAGAAUCGUCGUCCAGCGACGGAAAGAGACACUUCCCAAAGGUCACAGCCUUAUCCGCAGCGCCCGCAACGACCUCGCCCAAAUCAUCCAAGCUAAUAGGCGUCCCGAGGAGGCUCUGAUCAUCUACAAGGACCUCGUCAAUUCUCUUCCCCUUCGGAGUGGUGGAAGCAUGCUAGGAUUCGAGGUACGCUCAAACCUUGGCUCAUGCUACUUCGACCUGGGCGAUUAUGACAAAGCCAAAAAAUACCAGCAGGAGAUGUACGAAGAGUUGAAGCGCGCCGGAGAGCCCAAUGACGACGUCGGGCGCCUUAUCGCGAGCACGUUCAACCUCGCUUUAACUCUGAGGGAGAGCACUUUGGCCCACGGUUCGGGCGACGAACUGACCAAAGCAUGUAAGCUGCUGGGAGAAGCUGUCGAACGAGCAGAAAGCGUCCUCGGUCCAGAUCAUCCACAAACCGUGGAGCUGCGAGCGACUUUAAGCACCUGGCGGCGGGAAGAGGAGGUCCGAAAGAUUGGGCACCCGCACACUGCUGACCUUCGGGAUUCGGCGGUCGCAUCAACGGAGGGGUAGGGAUCAAAGUAGGUGUCCAACGUUGGCAAAGUCCGUUUCCUCUGAGAUCUUGGUCCAGCUCUCAAGCUCUCGGUCAAG